AUGACCGCCAUCCACUCCAAACUUUGGGAUAGCCACAAUAAUGGCUCCUACCUGGCUUCGUCUUCUCGGUCUGCCUUUCCGUCAAAAUUAUCAUCUCUGAUUGGAAAGCAUCGUCGCGACAAGACUUCCAGAGAAUCUAUUGUGCACUCUCGCUGCUUGUCCUUGUCAAUCGGCCAGAAAUAUGAUGGCCCAUCAGACGACAAGAAACGAACCGUAUCAGCUGGGACCUUUCCUCGAAUCAAAGCCGCUUCAUUCUUUCGUCGUCGGCCGACCCUGAAAACCUUUGAUAGCAGUUCCACUCAAAUAGGCGGAGCCUCUCUGAGAUCCCCAGACCGAUUUGUUUGUUCCCGAAGAACGACACUGGACUCUGUCAUCGAGAGCUUCCGAAUUAACAAAGACCCAAGCAGUCUGACACCCGAAGAAAGACUUCUGCGAAACAAGGAUGCGAGUCCUGAUGCUUUUAAUGCUCGUAGAAAUGUUAAUUCACCAUCGUCUCGCCCAAACCGAACCCCUCCUUCAUUACCUCGACGCGAUUUUUCUCCAAACCGGAAUGGGGGUGGAGGAGCAAGUGUAUUGACGUUUCAUAGAGAGGCCCCAUCUCAAAAUGGAGAGCGACAAGUGAGUGUUGGUACGGUAUGGACUGUUGGUGGUCUUGCUCCUUUCAGCACGGGCGUUCCGAAUGGCCGAGGAGGUCUUUUGAGCAGCGGAACGAAUGCUCCGCUGUAUACUACACCGUUCUCCAAUGCUCGGCCAAAGGCCCAAGAGGAAAUGGAGAAACAUGAAGGCCGUUUAGCGGAAGCAUUAGAAAUUGAUCGAUCAACCAGAGUUCUCGAGUUUCGGGACCCCACUAUCUCACCUUCUAGAUUAGGCGAACACGAAAGAAACAAAGCCUUCGAACAUGAACGAAAGACCCUCUGGAAUGGAACUGAAUGGGUCGUAAGCACAUCAGAUCAAAGGCCCCCGAUUACGAAGGAGCCCCGCACACUUCCCCUGGCACCCUUCAAAGUUCUUGAUGCUCCAAAUCUUCGAGAUGACUUCUAUUGUUCGGUCCUCGCCUAUUCAGCUACAUGCCACACUCUCGCAGUUGGCCUUGGUACUUUGCUUUACGCAUGGUCAGAGAUGCAAGGGGUUCACCUCCUACAUACCGGAACCCAAAACGGAUCCCACCUCACAAGUCUAGCAUUUUCUUCUGCUCAAGGAGGCAAAUGUAUUCUGGCUUUCGGUAAGUCAGAUGGGUCUCUCAGCCUCAUGUCUCUCUAUGACAGCAUGAUACCGCGUUUCGAGCUUCCACAACCAUCGCCAGUCGCAUGCAUCACUUGGAGACCCGUGACUACAAUGCGACCUUCUAAGUGCCCAAUUACGCCAGGAGUUCUUGUCCAGACUGAGGACCUGCUCGUAGGAGACGAAAGUGGACUUCUCCAGUACUACUCAGUCGAAUGGGCUGAUGCAUGGGAGGUGACACGGGGUGGUUGGUCUGGAUCUGUAAUGCUACUCGCUCGAAUUACUAUUCAUACGCAACAAAUAUGCGGCUUGUCCUUCAAUCCCGAUGGUAGUCUGCUUGGUACCGGUGGGAAUGAUAAUCUAUGUUGUCUGUUCCAGACCCGGAGUAUCCUAGACAGCGUACAAGGCCACAAUGACAAUGCAGCGGAACUAUUCACCGGGGCCGAUGGAAUUCGCCGUGUUCGCUCUCCAGCGCCGGGUGGCCGCAACACAGUGAAGGAGAUCGUAGUAGGCGCCGAGAAACACCGAUGGGUCCACGGUGCUGCCGUCAAAGCUAUUGCAUUUUGCCCAUGGCGCGACGGUCUCGUUGCUACUAGUGGUGGCAGCAAUGACAAAUGUAUCCACUUCUUUCAUACGUCCUCUGGGGCAUGUCUUGCUACGAUCAGCGUCGCCGCUCAAGUUACAUCUCUGAUCUGGUCUACCACUCGGCGGGAGAUUGCUGCUACCUUUGGCUAUGCGCAGCCGGAACAUCCCUACCGAAUUGCUGUUUUCUCCUGGCCCGAUUGUAAACAGGAGGGAGAACACCGAGCUUUGUAUGCCAUCCCUUACCCGGGUGGACCCAAUGAAAGUCAGACGAGUAGAGAGGGUGGACGUAGCUUGACCCGAACCGCUCAAGAAGGUUGCAUCGUUGUGGCGUGUAGUGAUGAAAGUGUCAAGUUCCAUGAAGUUUGGACAGCAAGCCAGAAGUCUACUGCUGGUGGUGAAGGCUUGCUUGGUGGGAGUGAUAUUCUUGAGGGACUGGAAGGUAUUGAUAAGGAGGGAGAGGUCAUCAGGUAG